CAGCAGCUCGACCGGGCGCAGUCAUUAUUGCGCCAGUCUAACACCCGCCAGCGAUCUUCCUCGUCGCGGUCGUACCGUGUCGACUUUUCCAGACGAUUUCCGAGAGAUCUCCUGACGCGGUUAAGCGCGCGCGAUACCCGACGCGCUUGGCAAGGGCGUGCGUGCGUUAGUUGGUGCGUUCCGCGAGAGACAGAGAGACAGAGAAAGAGAGAGAGAGAGAGAGAGGAGAACGGCCUCGUGGCACGCCUCGUGGUCGCCUCGUCUCGCGAGCGAGCGCGUUGACUAUCGUCACGGUACCCCGGCGGAUACGAUGAGACUCUUCUCCGGGAACGAGGAAAAUGUGACGUGAGACUCUGGCCUUCGGCGGGUCCUUCGGCGAGAGUGCGACACGCUCUGCGACGCGACGCAGUCAGUACGCGGGUCAUCCUGCAAAAUGACCGCCGCUCCGGUGAGGAGGCUUCCGUCGACGGCGGCGGUGUGCUGCUGGCUCCUGGUGGCGCUCGGUGUCAGCCAGGUCGCCGGACAAUUAUUAGACACGGAGUUCCAGCCGACGGUGACGGCGACGUGCAAAGGCGGCCACAUGACGAUCCGCGUCAACCUCAACCAGAGUUUCGUGGGCGCGGUCCACGCCCGGGACCAUCGGACCCCGCAAUGCAUGGUCUCCGGCAAUGGCUCCACGCACGCCACCUUGGGCAUCAACCUAUUCGCGGCCAACGACAGUCCCGAGUACUGCGGAGUUCUCGUGAACAACCACACGGAAGAACGCUCCAUUCCCAUCGCUGUUAGGAUACACAAGACCCUGGAAUUGGCGGACGACAAGUUCUACGUCAUCACGUGCGGCAAGGCGGGCUUCAAGAAUGCCAAAAAUGAAACUUCGCUGGUUUCCCUGCGCCUCUUGGACGGAGGCGUCCGAGUGCAAGAAGCUGUAUACGGUCACAACUAUACGAUGCGUGCCGAGAUUUCACGCCCAGACGGAAUGUACGGGAUCCGAGUGAAAAAUUGCGUCGCGUUCAACAAGCUCAACUCCAGCGUGCCGCUUAUAGAUGAUAAAGGCUGUCCUGUGAAGGCACGAGUGAUGACGAAAUUCAUAUACGAUCGGAGCACCGGCAUGGCGGAUGCCACAUUGUUCUCAAUGUUCCGGUUUUCCGACAGUUCAGAGGUGCAUUUCCAAUGCGACAUCGCCGUAUGCAGAGGAAGCUGUGGCACUCCCAUUUGCGAAGGAGACAAAGAGGAGCUGAUAAAGGGUGGCUCCUCCACUAACGGACAGAGUGUUAGUGGCGAAGAGGGAGUGCUGCUCGCUGGGACGAGCGUUUUUGUUCUCAAGCCGGGCGAACAACGAGUUGUACAAACACUGCACGAUGACGGCAGCGUGCACCCGCUGUGGCUCCUGUGGCUCGCGGUGGCGCUCGGCAUAUUAUUCCUCAUCAUGCUCAUUAUCAACAUAUUCCUGUGUUCGGCGAUGACCUGCAGUUGCACCCGGACCGACAUUAUCGAGAAGGAGCCGUCGAUCAUCGAGGAUUACGAUCCGUACCGCAGCUGGCACGGUUCUCAAUACGGGUCGAGGUAUUCGUUAAACGGAAAGCAGGGAUACGCCUCCGGGGGAUCCACCAUGAACUCCACGAGGUCGAUAUCGACCAACAGCGAUCACUACGCGAUAGUGCACUCCCGACCGGGCAGCCGAUACUCCGGCCCCGGCCAGAAGCACCAUCAUCAUCACAGAGGACCGCCGUCCAACAUCGGCUCGCACUACUCCGGGAAGUGAUGCCUGUUUUAACGUUUGUCGAAAAAAAAAAAAACAACCUAGAACUCUGCGUUAUCUCCAUUAACGUUACUUUAAUUAAACACGAAUCCUUACGCGCCGUUACGGCCCAUAUACGAUCGCACGAAUGGCAGGCGGUUUCGGUUCGAGCGUGAAAUCACCGACGCAACCCGAGGAGACGUUAUCACGCCGUCGAGACGAUGUUUUGAACGACGUAUCGACGCUUUCUUGAUCGCGUGCUAUUCGACGAAUGAAUUUACCGGGCAUUUCUCUCGUAGCCGGAAACAGGCGCCUACCGCAAUUACGUACACUUAUAUUUGAAUAAUCUAUCUCGUCGCUUUAGUAUUCAAAUAUAUCAAAUUAAUGACAGACGGCAUGUGGAAACCAGAUUGCACUCGUAAUUGAUGGACUGGAAAUAUUGGUCAAUGCAUAAUGGGGUGUCUGUGAUGGACGGUAUGUGUAUUGUAUGCAACGUGUGCCGCGAAAAUACGUAAACGAUCAAGAAAAUGUCAGUAUGUGAAAUUCGAUACCUCAAUUACGGACCUGCGAUUUAUACUUCGCGACAAUCGCGAAGUUCACGCCUCGAAAGGAUACAAUUACACAACACCGCCGCGUUUAUCGUAUCAUUCGUUGUAAUUUUCCGCGGGAAAAUUUACCCGAUAAUCUCGCAUCUUGUUUAACGAUAUCGACGACAAUAAGCAAUGUGAUUAAUUCGAGAAACGCGGACCAAGUAUAUUAACGAGAUAAAACUUUCUAUACGUAAGCACGAUUAUUAUAUAAAAACACUGCAUGCAUUCUAUACGUCGGAACUUUUAUACCUAGCCUUAUCAUUCGUGAGACGCGAUUCUCGUGCUAGACUGCGUAUGUAUCAUAAUAUAAUAGUCAUAAGCUAUAGGCACACUAGCAUCUACGAAACUGCGGAACAUUUUGAUCUUAAUUAAGGUAUGACUAGUUAAAUGCUUUUUGUACAUAAAUCCAUUAAUCGAAAAACAA